AAGUUGGUUUUUUAACAAAAAAAAGAAAAAAAAAAGGACAUUAUUAUUAUAUUUACGGAUUUGUUGAAGAAAGUUUGCAUUAAAGUUUGGUUCGACGUUUUAAAUCGCUGGGAUGUCGUUCUUCAGAGGCUUAUGGAAAAGCAGUUCGAAGCAUAAGAAACUAUGCGAGGAAUGGGCAUUGGCUAACAGUCGUGAAUGCGUUGAGAGUACCGGAACUGUAGCGUCGACUCAUGAGGAAUCCGAGGAUGCAUCAGAGGCCAGGUUCACCCUCAAAUAUUUGGGCAGCACCCUCGUCGAGACGCCAUCGAGCGAGGAAGCCACGGCUGAGGCCAUCAAGACGGUCAUUACCAUGGCAAAAGCAAGUGGUAAAAAAUUACAAAGGGUCUCUUUGGCUGUCAGUUUAAGAGGCAUCAGAAUGACAGAUUUGGCUACCGAGGAAGAUCAACUUCAAGUAUCGAUAUACAGGAUCUCUUAUUGUUCGGCCGAUGCAACCCACGACCACGUGUUUGCAUUCAUAGCAACGAAUCUGAACGAGACCAUGGAAUGUCACGCAUUUCUAUGUCCAAAAAGAAAAAUGGCACAAACGGUGACGUUGACAGUGGCACAGGCAUUCAAUACGGCUUACGAAGCUUGGCAAUUGUCACAAUCUGCUGAUACGAGGAUUCAUCAUGCUCAAGAUAAAGGUUCUGACUUGACGAAUGAGAAAAAUCGUGAGUUUUGAAGAGGAAACAAAUUCGGAUGGUAAAAAAUCACAAAAGAAUUCAUCAUCCAAUAGUAUUCCCAUGACAACAUUGAGACACAACACUAAUACCACAUCGUCCACGCCAUCUCAUCACGUAGUACCAAGGCCAUCGACGGGAUUCAAGAUGCAAAAUGCUUGGGGAGAAUCCAGAUCCGUCGAUCUAAUGUGUUCGUAGCAGACAUAGCCUGAGGCUGACAGCUUCAGGGAUGUACCAUUAAUCACAGGUCUCUGGAAGCAUCUGUCGAAUAACGGCCAAACAAAGAAAACUAAUCCUUAGACCUAUUAAUAUCAAAAAAAAAAAAAAAAAAAA